AUGACAACAAUACCCGAAAAGGAAACCGCGAUGAUGCGCGAUGAUCCAAGCAGACACUCAAUAUCAAAUGACACAGAAUCCAGCCACGAAAACAGUCACAACACAGACCAAGCGACACACCCCGAAGAGAUCGAAAAAGACGAAAAAGAAAUCGAAAAAGAAGCCGCAACACCAAAAGACGAGCUCACCAAAACGAGCACAACCCUCAGCCAAAAACCAUACACAUCAUUUAGCACAGGCCAGAAAUGGUUCAUCGUCGGCAUGGCUACAGCAGCAUCCUUCUUCUCGCCUCUCUCGGGACAAAUUUAUUUCCCUGUGCUACCAGUCCUAACGCAAUCGUACCAUCUGAGUCAGACUCUGCUGAAUAUAUCAGUGACGACGUAUUUGAUCUUCCAGGGCCUGGCGCCAAGUUUCAUGGGCACAUUCUCAGACGCCAGCGGACGACGACCAGCGUACAUUCUCGCAUUCAUAAUCUACACAGCGGCGAACAUCGGCCUUGCGCUACAGAAUAGUUAUGCCGCGCUGCUUGUGUUGAGGUGUUUGCAAAGUGCAGGGAGUAGUGGUACCGUCUCCUUUGGCUACGGCGUUAUAGCGGAUGUGACCACGACAGCGGAACGGGGAAAGUUUUUAGGUCCUAUGGCUGCGGGUGUGAUGGUUGGGCCUGCGCUGGGCCCCGUGAUAGGUGGUUUAUUGGCGCAGUAUCUGGGCUGGAGGUCUGUGUUUUGGUUUCUGGUGAUUAUCAGUGGUGGGUAUGUCGUCGUAUACGCCAUCCUGGCGCCCGAGACGCAUAGGAAGAUCGUGGGUGAUGGAAGUAUUCUGCCGGCUGAAUCAUGGCGUUUGUCGUUCUUGCAAUACGUCCGUAUCCGCCGCAGGAUAGCACGCAUGUCCCCCGAAGAGAAAAAGGAAUACGACGAGCAACAAGCCGAACUUAGGGAGUCACAGAAAUCGCGAAAGAUUGGAUUUCCGAACCCGUUGUUGUCGUUUGUGAUCCUGCUGGAGAUGGAUGCGUUUUUGAUUAUUCUUUACGUUGCAUUGAUGAUGUUUGGGGCGAUGGUGAUGAUGACUUCGUUGCCGACUUUGUAUCCCGAGUAUUAUGGGUUGGAUGAGUUGCAGGUUGGAUUGUGCUUUUUACCAUUUGGAGUUUCCUCCGCCAUCGGCGCAGUCAUCAAUGGAAAACUGCUCGACAUCAACUACAAACGCAUCGCACGCAAACUUAACUUCAGCAUCGACCGCAAACGCGGCGACGACCUCACAAACUUCCCUAUUGAAAAGGCCCGUCUGCAACUCACUUUUCUCUGGAGUAUUGUACUCGCCCUUGCAUUUCUGGGUUAUGGCUGGGCACUCAACUACAAGGCACCCCUAGCCGUACCACUAGUCAUUUCGUUCCUCAUGGGGUUUACGUUGAUUUGUACGAUGAAUAGUCUAACUACUUUGCUCGCGGAUAUAUUUCCUGAUAGAGUGAGUACGGCGUCUGCGGCGCAGAAUUUGCUGCGAUGUUUGCUGGGUGCCGUGGGUGCGGCGGUUGUGGAUUCCAUGUUGAGUGGGAUGGGGGUUGGGUGGUGUUAUACGUUUGUGUUUUUUAUUAUGAUUGCUGCUGUUGGGUUGUUGUGGUUUGAGUAUGUUUGGGGCAUGGGAUGGCGGCAGAAAAGGUGGAGGAAAGUGGCUGACAAGGCUGAGAGGGAGAGGCAGAAUGGUGUUGUUUAG